UGAAACAGUUAGAUUCCAAAUGGCAAAAGGAACAAGAAUGGCAACGGGCAUCCAUGAUCACUGUGACAAGUGUUACAGUGUCAGCUGUCAAGCCCCAGUAAAUCUUUCCAUCUCAUGUAUGGUCAUUAAGUGUCACAAAAACUGUGGCGCCACCUUUCACAUGUGUAAGCAAGAAGAGCACGAGCUUCUAUGUCCAAACGAGACGGUGCCUUGCUUUAAUGCUGACUUUGGCUGUCCGCUCAAAAUGCCUCGCCACAAGUCAGCCAAACACCUGGAGGUCUGCCCAGCCAGUGUUGUCUGCUGCUCUCAGGAGUGGAACCGCUGGCCUGUUCCUGAAACAGACAUGACCUUUUACAGAAACGUUUCUGAAAGUCUUCAACAGAACACAGAGGCAAACCUUGACUUUGCUCUGGCCCUCCGGGAUCAAGCCCUGCUGUUUCAGUCCAUUAAAAUGAAAAGCAUUUUUCCUGAGAUGAUUGAGGAAGAGCCUGCCUCUCCAAAUAUUUCCAAUGGAGUUAGCAAUUCUGUUGAGGACACCUCCUGCUCUUUAGAUUGUGGCGAAUUUACAGAAAAUCGCAGAGCAGAGAUGGAGGGAAGAGAACUGAGUCAAGAAGAGACAGAUGCCUUGGCAAAAAAUGGGAAUGUGGCAAGUACCCAAAAUUACAAUUCAUGGGAGAAAAUAUUUAAGAAGGAUAAGGAAGGGUGCAACCAAGCUGUUAAAUGCUUAAAUAAUGGAGGAAAAGAGGAAGAAAAGGAAGAGCAAAAAUCUUUAAACUGCGAAGUAGAAAAGGUGGGAAACAGAAACUCACAUCAACCUGAAGUUAAUGAAUCCAGAAAUAUGAAUGGUGGAACUGGCCUUGCACCUUGGCAGGACGGUGUCCUUGAAAGGUUGGGCAAAGAAGUCAAUAUUGCAGAAUAUAACAUGUACCUGGUGCACAACGGGGCAAUGCUAAUUAACUUUGGUCAACUUGCUGCAUGCACUCCAAGAGAUAAGGACUUUGUUUACGGUAAUCUGGAGCCAAUCGAGGUUCAGACCGUCCGCUCAUUUAACGUUCCUGCCAGCUACCGAGCAAAGCGCAGUCACCUCAAGGACCCAUCACACAAGGCCAAAACUGCACACCAGAGUGUGGAUACUCUAGAUUUGGACGUGUCAGUUGAAAAUCUUCCCACAUCUGAAGAGGUCAGUGCAACACUUCUCUGUUCCCUCGAAAAAGAACUGAAGGGACAUUUAAUUUCAGAGAGUGUUGCGACAGAUGGUCUUUAUGUAGAUACAGGAACACAAACGUACAACUUUUCUUCUGCCCCCUUUAAAGCAGAUGCAACUCUAGCUGAUGUCAUUGCAGAACGACCUCAUGGCCUCCAUCUUGAUGUUGAAACUGAACCUGUCACCAGAAGACACAACAAAAUCAGCUCAUCUUUCAGCUACAUGUGCGGCCACUACUUCCGCCGCGAUGAAUUCCAGUAUCAUUUCAGGAAUGCUCACUGUGACAUACAGGCCUCUCUAAGUGGCUGGUUUCAACAGCGCUGCCCUUUGGCAUACCUCGGCUGCACUUUUUCUCAGACAAGGUUUCACCCGUCAGGUCAAGAAGCAACGAUCAAAUACCGCCAAGAUGUCAGCACCCUUGUACUUCAGCCACUCUUCCCUACAUCCUUCACAGACGCUGGGAAAAGUCUGAGCCCUCAAGGAAGUGCUGGUCAAGAUGUCAAUGGCCUCAGCAGUCUACCUCUUGAGAUCCUUCAGCAUAUUGCUGGCUACCUUGACAGUUUUACUCUGUCUCAGCUAUCACAAGUUUCCCAUCUGAUGAGAGAAGUUUGUGCCACACUGUUGCAGGACAGAGGAAUGGUGUUUUUGGAGUGGAAGAAAAAGAUAUAUUCUCAUGGUGGAAGUUCAUGGAAAAGUUUACCCAUCUGGAGGUUCAGCUCUCUGUUUUCUCCUGUGGACCGCUGGAGUUUCAGUAAUGCUCCUUCCAUGUCGGAGCACCUGAAAAGCUGCUCCUUCUAUCAGAGAGAGGAGCGCAGGGAGCCGGCGGCUCUGGCCUGCCUGCAAGAGGUCAGAGUAAAGCACCAAGAACUGAAGCACAAAAGAUAAUCCUUACAUCUUGGAACGCAGUGGGUGGACCACAGCAGGAGCAAUGUCAUCUUAGGAAUCACUGAAGAAAUUGGCUGAUACAUGUGUUCUGCACAGCUGCCGUGUAAAAGCUGUAAAAACCUUCGUUAGGCAUUUUUAAUCAUCUCACUUAAGAGUAAAAUUAAUUAAAUAAUUGUCUUGGUUUUAGCUUUAAGCAAAAAUUACCCUUGUUGCUUGAAAAGCCAAAAGGAAAUGAUGCAGCUGGUUCAACAUGGCAAGACUGACAUCCAGUGGAGCAGAGCAGAAGUGCCUGCACAAAACAUGGCAUCACAUUACAGUGUAUUAAAAGAAUUUAGAUAUCUGAAUCCAGGCUGCCUUUAGUGUGGAUUCGAAAAAUAUAUAUAUAUUUUUUUAUUUUCCACAGUUGGUAGCACUGUUGCCUUGCAGCAAGAAGGUCCUGGGUUCAAUUCCCAGACUGGGGUCUUUCUGCAUGUAGUUUGCAUGUUCUCACUGUGCAUGCGUGGGUUCUCUCCGGCUUCCUUAGGUGUGAGUGUGUGUGCAUGGUUGCUUGUCCUGUCUGUCUCUGUGUGGCCCUGUGAUGGACCGGCGACCUGUCCAGUGUGACCCCGCCUUUUGCUUGUCCACAGCUGCAGAUAGGCACCAGAACAGAUAAAUAUGUGGAUGUGCCAUAACUUUUUCCAGCUGAAGUUAUUAUCUUUGGACCUAAAGAGGGCCGAUCGAGAGUCGUCGCACAGCUUUGGCUAUUACUGCUAGAAACUUGAGAUCAGGCCUGAAAUCUGGGUGUAGUGAUGAACUCUGACCUGAACCUCCAGAGACACAUAAAGACAGUUACAAAGUUGGCCUUCUAUCACCUGAAGAACACUUUUAGGAUUACACAAACAUCUGAAGAAACUCAUGCAUGCAUUUAUCUUUAGUUACAUUGAUUACUGAUUUCUUUUCAGAUCAGACAGCUGCGCUUUCUCACUAAGACUGGAAAAAUAGAGCACCUGACUCCAGCUCAAAAGUCCUUACACUGGGUUCCUGUAUCUCUGAUACUACAUUUGAAAACACUUUUGUUAGUUUAUAAAUCACUGAAUGACUUAUUAUCAAAAUACAUUAAAGAUUUUAUGUAUCAACCCUCCAGAUCCCUCAGGUCUUCUAAUUUAAGUUUACUCUGAAUGGAGAAGCAGAGUUCAGUUGUCAUACUCCAUUAAUCUGGAGAAAACUUCCAGAAAUGUUAUAAAACAGCUUAAAACUGAGUUUGUUCAAAUCAAGGCUGAAACCCACCUGUUUAGAGUUACUUUUGAUUCAUAACAACUGGAACAUUUGUCAACAUAUGUGAUGAAUAUUUGCUUGAUCAUUUGACAGAAUGUAAUGCUUAUUGCUUGUUUCAGAAUUGUAUUAUGUUUUU